CAAAACCAUAUCAAAAGUAUCCGUGGUGACAGACAUGACAGACAGUUAUUAAAAGUGAAGCGAAACCAGUCGUAAGGCUUGAAAGCCUUCGGAUUACUACUCUGGGACAUUCGACCAUCCAAUUAUCUAUGUGCUAUACUAUGGACGGUAGGUAAUGAGGCUAGCCACGCUGUUGUCUCUAAUGGUUCAAGUCUUCCCUCAAUGGUUCAGGUGUCUAUGCACUUCAAUGCUGGGCUUGUGUUGCUUUGUUGUGGCGUGCCAUGCAUCCAAGAUAGAAACCAGAGUUAGAUGCAUUCUGUAUAGCAGCGCACAUGUGCAUGUCCAACGGCACUGUCGCAUAAACCUUUCCUUCCCGUCUUACUUGUGCUUGGGCCUGGGGUACAUAGCUCUGGAGAUAAGAGCAUCGAAACGCAUAUACAAUCUUCCCCGGCCACUAUCUUCAGGCACCGCAUGGGAUGUACAAAUGUAGUGUAUGUAGUGUCUAAUCUGAGAGCGAAUAGUCCACCUGGUCAAUGCCAAUGCAGCUCGUAGAACGUAGAAAAUGUUUUGUUCGACGUGGGUCUUUCUCCCACGACUUGUGUGAUAAGUACUAGGUAUCGUGUGAAGUGAAUAUCAAAGGAGUACAAGGUGAUUACAUGGUUAUUUCCAUGUGAGAGAAGCUUGGGAUACCUAGCAUAUUUCACCCCAAAUACCAAAAGAUGAAUUUGACUUUUACACGUUUUACUAUCAUCUCAACAUGGAAGGGCUUUAUAAUACUGUCCCACGCCUCUUCCCUAUCAUUUCAGCAUUUUAACUAAGAUGUUUUAAGAGGAAAUGUAGUUUGUAUGCUCGAGUUCUAACUCCCAUAGCCUUUUCCUUUCCGAUCCA